AUGGCUGCAAAAUUCAGAGAUCCUUUCGAUGUGUUACCUCUGGAGAUUGCUGUAAUGGUCCUUCGUCAUUUAAACUUCAAGCAGAUUGUGGCAAUCCUACGAGUCUCGAAGAAAUGGGCACAAUUUCUGAGCUCGAUUCGUGAGCUGUGGCUGCACAUGGAUUUUUCCAGGGCUCGUUCCACUGUCUCGAUGUCUGCCAUACGUUCUUAUCUCAGACGAUCAAAAGGGAUGCUAACUCAUGCUACCAUCGACCACGUCAUCCCGUCGGCCAUGGACAAAGUGUUGGAGCUCCUUAGUCGGUGUCCCGAUCUGACGCAUCUGCAGGUUGCGGGCCGAUACGACGGAGACAGGCUAUAUAAUCUUUUCAAGACGUCGAAGAAAUUGAAGUCUCUCAUCAUAUCAAGUGACAUACCUGUGACUCGGGAAUGCAUGGUGAAGUUCUUGGACAACCUUCCCAAUCUUGAAAGAUUGGAGGUCCAUCAAAGCCUUCGGUCACCUGAUGAUAACCAUCUUAGUUCGGGAAGACUGCCGAAUCUGAAAGCGCUGGCCCUGACCACACCCCAAAACGAUUUCGCUGUUGGUGCUCUGGAACUGCGUCUACCUUGCUACGAUGGCUUCCAAGAUUAUAACAAAAUCAGGGUAGAGCCUCUGCCUAACCUCGAAGAAUUGAGUCUACGCUGCGGGGCGGAAGAUGUGCACAGCGGGUAUUUCGUUGAACUUGAAAGUCUCUUCCAUCCGAGGCUGCGGAAGCUCAGCCUCAGCUAUCUCGAACUGAUUGGGAACAUGUUCCUGCCUUCAACCCUUGAACAUCUCAGCAUUCAGAGCUGCAAACUGCAUGACGUAGAGGAUAACACAGUUCACAGUUAUCGGCAGCUCCCUAACCUCACCACGCUUGUGCUCGACGACUUUGCCUGGGUGACACCUUCACGGCUUGCUAGUCUCUUAAGCCCAGACAAGUCAGUUCUGAGGGUGUUGGAGGUCAAGAAUUGCUUCAAGAUCAGUGGUUCAGAUAUUGCACGCCUUGCCUCUGGGACCCGCGCAUUGAAGGGGGUGCAGACUCUCACUCUGGAGGGCAUGUACCACUUGGACGACGCGACCGUGAGACAGCUUCUCGAAUCGAUGCCCGAGUUACGGAUCUUGAACAUUCCCCACACCGCCGUCUCCGGGGUCACGAUCAAGAGCAUUGUCGACAUGCGUGUGGCGGAGAAGGAGAGACGACAGAAGAAGAGAUCAGAGAACUCAUCCCCGCAGUCGUCGGAUGAUCCGCAAGCCGACAAUGAUCGAAAGCCCCUGAUUGAAAUCGUCAAUCUAAAAGGCUGCGAAAAUGUGUCGCUGGAUGCGAUCGAGUUUGGCCGGAAACAAGGACUCACCAUCAUCAGGUGA